UCCAUCCAGUUUACAGCCCUGGUCCACUAAUACGGGACGACUGGCUAUGAAGGAGAAUUCAGCAGAGCUGAAAUCAGAGUUAUCAGAGUCUGAAGAGAAAAUCAUUGAGGGAAAUGGGAGAGAAGGAGAAGAGUCACCUGGGAGUGUUGGAAUAAAUUUACAGAAGAAUGGCAGCUUCUCUCCACCUUCAUUUGGUCAGGCCUCUCCUCAAUACAAAGAGAAAGGUAUGAAGAAAUCAGCAAGAAGAUCAGAGAUCCUGACAGCAGCCUUUUUGCAGUGCAGUUCUCUCCCUGCUACUGGAGUAACACAUACAGAAGCCAUCAAAACUGAUCAACAGCAAGUGGAGAAAGAAAUCCAAAUUCACACUGGAAAAAAAUGCUUGGAGUGUGGCAAACAAUUCACACACAAAAGUGAUCUUAAUAAGCAUAUGAAGUUUCACAGUGGAGAAAAAACAUAUUGUUGUCAUGAAUGUGGUAAACUGUUCUCUAGGAGAAGCUGUCUUCAGAGGCACAGAAGAAUCCACACAGGAGAAAAACCUCAUUGUUGUCCAGAAUGCGGCAAGUCUUUCUCAUUUAUAACCUAUCUUAAUAUCCACAGAAGAAUACACACUGGAGAAAAACCUCAUUGCUGUCAACAAUGUGGUAAGUUGUUCUCAAUCAGAGGCAAUCUUCAGAAACAUAGAAGAAUCCACACAGGAGAAAAACCUCAUUGCUGUUCAGAAUGUGGUAAGUUGUUCUCGUGCAGAAGCCAUCUUCAGAGUCACAGAAGAAUCCACACAGGAGAAAAACCUCAUUGUUGUUCAGAGUGUGGUAAGUUGUUCUCAUGUAUAAGCAAUCUUCAGAGGCACAGAAAAAUCCACACAGGAGAAUAACCUAAUUGCUGU